GUCCACAAGCCUGGCCUUCCCCUAAGGCCAGUCGUUCCCAACAUCACGAGCCCCACAUACCAACUCUCCAAGUAUGUCAGCGUAAUACUACAAAACGCAAUGUGCAGUCCGCACAACAUACGGGAUUCGUUCACGUUUGCUUCGGAGAUAAAUCGAAUGAAGAUUCCAGAAAAUCAUGUCAUUGUAUCGUUUGACGUGAUAUCCUUGUUUACAAACAUUCCCAAGGAACUGGUUAUACAAGGUGUUUUCAGCAACUGGGAGAAGAUCAAACGACACACGCAGAUCAAUCUGGAUCUGUUCCAAGAACUUGUCGCCUUUUGCUUGGACACUAGCUACUUCAUGUUCCGUGCACAAGUCUACCACCAGCAAUUUGGGACAGCCAUGGGGAGUCCCUUGUCUCCAAUCCUGGCAGACAUGGUUCUCGACAAACUGAUAGACACCGUAGUCCAAAAGUUGGAUUACGUAAUAUAUUUCCUCAAAAAAUAUGUUGACGACUUCUUUUUGGUGCUACCCAAAGACAAAGUCGACUAUACGCUUCAAGUUUUCAACACCUACAACGAACAUCUCCAGUUUACUGUCGAGGUUGAAAACGAAAACAAGCUACCUUUCCUGGAUGUGGUAGUAAUUAGAGGAGAUGAUCAAACACUAUCAACAAAAUGGUAUGCAAAACCCAUAUCGUCGGGCAGACUUGUCAACUACUUCUCGUACCACCCGCUGCCGCAGAAAAUGAAUGUAAUAACCAACUUUAUCAAGAGAGUUAUCACACUAUCACCACAAGCCGACGCACAAAUGCUGAAGAACAUAGUCCACACCAAUCUACGCAAUAACAACUAUCCAACCAGUUUGAUCAAUCGCAUCUUCUAUCGGGCUCUGUCGCAAGCCACCACCGAACCAACACUCUCGCCAACACCCAACAUCAUCUCGACCGAUGCCAACUCUAUGCCACUUCACACCCCUGCCCACACCACUACCACCAUCACCGAAGCCGCCUCCACCACCGCCUCCGUCGCCAUCGCCACCACCAACGCUGCCAUCCCCAUCGCCGCCGUACUCGAUCCAGACCAAAACACCUGCACACCCACGACCCCAUCAACGAAAAACCCAACAACCGAAACAUUCAAAUACGUCAGCCUCCCGUACAUCCCCCAACUCAGCCAGAGAAUAAGCCGAUGUCUGCAGCAGGACUACCCAACAGUAAGAAUAGCAAACCGAAAGGUAAACACCGUCGGACUCCUACACACCAGAGUCAAAGACCGAAUAGACCCAAUGCAGCAACACAACGUCAUAUACCGGAUACCGUGUAACGACUGUGAUAAAGUCUACAUUGGUAUGACCACGAAUAAGCUGAAAAAGCGUAUAAGUGGACACCAAUCUAAUAUCAACCAGCUCAACCGAUUACGAGAUCAAGGCUAUACAAACACCGACCAAGCAAUGAUCCAACAGAGCUCAAAAACAGCUCUAACCGAACAUUGCGCACGAGAAGACCACCGCUUCGCUCUGCAACAGACCAAAAUAAUAGAUAGGACAUACAACAGAACCACUCUCCCCCUGCUAGAAUGUUUCCACAUCUACAACACCUCCGGUACAGUAAACCACCGCACCGACGUAGAAGGCCUCAGCACCAUCUACUGCGGGCUUCUACGAACAAUAGCGGCAAAGCAAAUGAAGAAAACCCAAACAAACCCACCCUCACCACAGCACCCCAGCACAUCCAACCCCGACAACCAGCAACCAACAGAUGAUCAACAGCAACAAAUCCAAACACCAUCUCACACACAUAGAUAACAGAUGCUCUCACACACAUUCUCCCACAAAACAGAGAGAGAUAUUACAAAAAUCUCCCAAAAUUCUCCAUUACCACUCCCACAAACACCAGUAUUCAGUGUCUAGACGCCAUGUUAGUGUUCGGCGCAGUGGUAAAUCCAAGUUUAGAUAACUACACCCUCACCAUCUACCCACAAAUAGCCAACACAAGACUAAAUCUGCCAAAUCCGACAACGCUACGCCAAGCAACCGGCGACAUACAAGUAGCGGUACCCCUAUAACCUCCCUGAAGAAGGCCCAAACCAAGGGCCGAAACGUCGGAUGUAAUAGAAUCACCCCGCUCAUAAUUUUCCGGACCGAAAAGCCAAUUGUAGAGGGAUAAAUUCUGCCUAUCAGUCGGUCGUUUCCA